AGGAAAGAGCCCAAAAGUGUAAAAAUAGCGCACGCGCCUUCUUGGACCACCAUCUCCAGGAGAAGGAGUAGCGACAAAUGACGACUUCUCAACCAAAGGUGUGGUCCUUGUGGAUCUACGACCGCCACUGCUCGCUCAUCUUUCAUGCCGACUGGUCCUCGAUGCACACGCGCAACACCCCUUCCGCCUCAACCGCUGCCGCUGGUGCUGGCGCUAGUGGCCCAGACGGCCCUUCUUCCUCGUCCUCGUCCUCUUCCGCGUCGACGGCGCAAGACCCUACCUCUUCAAGGCUGGCAGCAGGAGCUUCUGGGACAGGCGCUGCGGGCGCCUCCAAGAACUCCGCCCUGCCUCUGCACGAGCAGGCCAAGCUCGUCUACGGCGUCGUCUUUUCGCUGCGCAACAUUGUCCGCAAACUGUCGCCCCUGAGGCCCGCUGCCGGUGCAUCGGCAUCUACAUCGGCAUCUGCAUCUGCAUCUGCACCAGGCGCAGGCGCGGGGGAAGAGAAGCUCAACAGCUACAGCACGAGCCGGUAUACCCUCUCGCACGUCCAGACGCCCACGCAGUACACAUUCGUUAUGCUCUCGGACCCCAUCGCGGCACAGACGAAGCGCGCGCCCCCGCCGCUCGGCGCGGGCGAGGCUGCUUCGUCGGCCGGGCCCAGCACCGGCAUCGUCGUGGGAGGCACAGGCGGCAUCCCCGGUACGGGCGGCAUGAGCACUACGGGCGUCCUCCAGCAGAUCGUCCGGGGCCCCUGGGUCGAAUUUGUCGCGAGAAACCCGGGCCUGGCCGUGUUGGAGCGUGCGCCCGAUUCGGACGACGAAGAGGAUGCAGACGAAGACGAGGGAGAGGGGGAAAAGAGGAGGGCCGCAGAAGAAAGACGAAAAGCAGAGGGGCUGGGCAUCAGCAUCGAUUCGGAGCUCUUUAGGGCAGCCGUUGAGAGAGUGCUGGCACAAAACAAGCUCAGCGCACCGAGGAUAUGAGAGGGAGAGGAGAGAAAAUUGAAUGAAUGAAGAUUGAAU